UCCACCUCACACACACACACACACACACACACACACACACUCUCUGGAGCUGCCCGCAGCGGAGAUGCAGAUGGAGAUGGAGACGGGGCUGUCGGCGGGAUGCCCGGUGUUCUUCGGCAGGGGGCCGGAGGGGUCGGAGGAGGACGAGCACGUCCGGGCCCCCGGCGGGCCCCACCAGGCGGGCCCCUGCCUGGCCUGGGCCUGCAAGGCCUGCAAGCGGCGGGCGGGGCCGGGGGACCGCAGGCGGGCGGCCACGGUGCGCGAGCGGCGGCGGCUGAAGAAGGUGAACCGCGCCUUCGACACGCUGCGCCGCUGCAGCUCCGCCAACCCCGGCCAGCGGCUGCCCAAGGUGGAGGUCCUGCUCAACGCCAUCCACUACAUCCACCGCCUGCAGGGCCUGCUGCGGGGCCGGGCCCCGGGGCCCUGCGCCGCCCCGCCCGGGGAGAGCGGCUCCGAGCCCUGCAGCCCCACCUCCGACUGCUCCGACGGCACGAACAGCCCGGUUUGGUGUCACAUGAGCCAAGGUACCGUGUACCAGCAGGACAUGCAGGCCGUGAGCUCCAUGGACAGGGGCCCCCCCGUCUCCAGCCUGGCCUUCCUCAGCAGCAUCGUGAACCGCCUGUCACCCUCCCCCGCUGGCCCGGCGGACCCCACAGACUCCGCUACGCUCUCUCCCAGCAGCUCUGACUCUCAGCCCGCCACUCCUCCGGCCCUGUACCCCAGGCCUGUGUACCACAUGCUGUGAACCGAACAACCCCCGACGGACCCUCCAACAUCAACCUGCAAAGCAUUAUGGGACGCUUUUACAAACACAGGCUAAGCCUCGUCCUAGACUCAAUUCAGUUUUGAAAGGAGAUUCUCCAUAUUCUCAACUUAUUCCGGGACUAAACCUAUUUUUUUUAACAAGAGCAAGUGGUCAAUUUCUGUAAAUAUGCUUGGCAU